AUGUCCCUCUCGACAGUCCAGCCCGCAGAUCCGCAGAUCCCAACACCAACACCAGACCAACAAGACCCCAAACCCCAGAAAGACCUCGAACCCACACUACCCACAGCGCAAACCAAAAAAUAUCUCCACCGCAUAUCCCUGCACCCAACGCUAACCCCCUACCGCCGGCGCGUGUAUCGGACGCUCCUCUCCGUCCCGCCAGGUCGGUGGACCACCUACUCGGCGAUGGCGACGUACCUAGGCUCCAGCGCGCGGGCGGUCGGAAACGCGAUGCGCACUAACCCCUUUGCACCGGAGGUGCCGUGUCAUCGGGUGCUUGCGGCAGAUGGGUCGUUGGGUGGGUAUAAGGGGGAGUGGAAGGUUGAUGGGCAUAAGGCUGGCGGUGGGUUUUGUGAGGAGAAGAGGUUGAGGCUUGAGGAGGAAGGGGUUGUUUUUUUGGAUGGGAAGGUUAGGGGGGUUUGUUUUAAGGAAUUUGUGGAUUUGGGGGCUAAUGACGCAAACAAUAUCUGCGGCAUAAUCUACUACACCCAUACAGACAAACAGCCGGGGCCAAAUCCUUGGGGGGGGGGGGGGGAUAUACCCUCUCCCCUCCCAACAACAGCAGCCUACAACCUAACAGACACCGGCGAAGACGAACCCGCCUCAACCCUACUCCCCAUAAUCUCAACCCAGCUCUCCCUAAACGCGACAGACUUCUUCUACAACGAAGCCCUCUCAGCAACCGCCUCCCUAAACAACUACUCCAUCCACCUCUGGCACCUAAAUGGCACCUCAAUACAAGGAAAUUGGGCACAGCCCACCCUCCGUAAUUCCAGCACAGCAGCCACAACCAACAAAAAUGCCAUCGUAUCAAUCCCCCAAACGAAUACCUGGGUCCUUGUCGUCAUAGAAAUGACAAUGAAUAUAGCACACCUGAUCCACCUGCAUGGACACCACUUCCGCGUCGUAGGGCAAGGAUACAGAUUCUGGAACGGGUUUACAUCUUCGUCUACAUCUACAUCCCGGGACCGGGGUACCGGGCUAAAUCUCAACUUCGCAGCCGGCGCACUCCCGAAAUGCGAUACCCAACUGCUGCCCGGGAUAGGGUAUAUAGUUCUUGCGUUCCGCUCGGAUAAUCCCAGUGCGUGGUUCAUGCACCGUCAUAUUGAGUGGCAUCUUGAUCAGGGGGUUGCGUUGUGGUUUGUUGAAAAGGGGGAGGAUAUUGAGGAGCUUUUUGGAGGUGUUGAUGUUGAUGGGGCUCGGGAUUGGAGGGGAUUUGUGAAUGUCCUUAAGAGGAAUUGUCGGACUUGA